GUUACUCAUUCCGCUGUGCGUGAAACCAAAAAACAUGUCUCUUUCCAAAAUAUCCAGUAUCCUCCUAGCGUCCGUCACCCUCGUCGCCGGACACGGCUACGUCUCCAGCAUCGAGGUCGACGGGACCACCUACGGCGGCUACCUCGUGGACACGUACUACUUCGAAUCGGACCCCCCAGAGCUAAUCGCCUGGUCGACCAACGCCACCGACGACGGCUACAUCUCGCCCACGCAGUACGACAACUCCAACAUCGUCUGCCACCGGGGCUCAGCGCCAGGCGCGCUCUCCGCCCCGGUCGUCCCCGGUGGAAGCGUCCGAAUGACCUGGAACACCUGGCCCACGGACCACCACGGGCCAGUGAUCACGUACCUGGCGAACUGCAACGGAUCCUGCUCGGACGUCGACAAGACCGCACUGCAGUUCUUCAAAAUCGACGCCGGCGGGCUGAUCAGUGACGCUGACGUGCCCGGGACCUGGGCCACGGACGAGCUGAUCGAGGAUAGCUAUAGUCGGAACAUCACCAUUCCGACCGAUAUCGAAGCUGGGAAUUACGUCCUCCGCCACGAGAUCAUUGCCCUCCAUGGCGCAGAGGAUCUGGAUGGUGCGCAGAACUACCCCCAGUGCAUUAAUCUGAAUGUCACGGGCAGUGGCACUGCCACGCCGAGCGGAACCCUCGGGACUCAUCUGUAUAAGGAUACCGAUCCCGGUAUCUAUGUCGAUAUCUGGCAGACGCUGAGUACUUAUAUCAUCCCUGGUCCGACGCUCUACACGGCUGGUAGCACGGCGACGGCUACUGCUGCUGCCGCUGCUGCUGCUACUGCUUCUGCAGCGACCACCAGCGCUUUUACCACGGCUGUGGCUUCAACAACUGAGACACCAUCUCCACUGUCCGCCCAGACAACUCUCUCUACCUCCUCCCGCCCCCAGCCUACCGGAAGCAACGACCAGCCCGGCCAGAAUCGACCCGGCAUGGUUGGACCCAGCACCCCCAGUGAAAGCACCAGCAGCGUGUCCGACUCCAUCCCCACCUCCAACACCUCUAGUAUCACGGCCUCCACCACCUCCGGUGUCCUCAGCGGCUCCUGCAGUGAGGAGGACUACUGGUACUGCAACGGCGGCACGGCCUUCCAGCGGUGCGUCAACGGCGAGUGGGAUGCGUCUCAGAGCGUGGCCGACGGGACGGUAUGCACGGCUGGUAUCUCAGAGACGUUGACCAUUUCGGCUGCGCCGAGGCGGCGUGAUCUCGGGCGGAUGCGUCGGCGGAAUGUGUGAGCUGGUGUGGGAGGGUUUGUUGUUUCGGUGAAGGGGGCUUUCGCAGUUG